AUGGCUCCUCCUGACGUGCUGAUGGUUGGGACAGGUGAGUAUACUACUGGUUUUGUAGGAGGCACUGCUUCCACCUCGGACAAGAAAGUGGGAGUUGUUGGCCUGACGAUGUUUGACCUACGGAGGCGGGGGAAGGUCGGUAAGCUGAGCAUGGCUGGCGUAUCAGGCUUGAAGUUUCCGUCUAUCAGAAAGCACCUUGAAAAAAACAUAUCAGAGGUGUAUAACGGGCUAUCCGUCUUGUUUGAAUCUUAUCCAGCAGACGACAAGGUCGACCCAAAUGCAUACAAGGCUGCAAUUGACGCACUAAAGCCUGGCUCAGCCAUUACUAUAUUUACUCCAGAUACCACACAUUAUGAAAUCGCGUUAUACGCUAUCCGCCGUAAUAUCCACGUCCUCAUCACCAAGCCUGCUACAAAGGUGCUGGAUGAACAUCUCGAGCUACUAGCAGAAUCUCGAAAGCAUAACGUUUUCGUAUUCAUCGAGCACCAUAAGCGUUUCGAUCCUGCAUACUCGGAUGCACGUAACAAGGUUCGGAAGCUGGGUGAUUUUAACUAUUUUUACAGCUACAUGAGCCAGCCUAAGAGCCAGCUAGAGACCUUUAAAGCCUGGGCUGGUAAGGAUAGUGACAUCUCGUAUUAUCUCAACUCUCACCAUGUGGACAUCUGUGAGAGUAUGGUUCCGGAGUAUACACCGGUUAAGGUAACAGCCUCAGCCUCAAAGGGAACAUCUAUCGAGCUUGGCUGUGUUGAGAAAACAGAAGACACCAUCACCCUGCUUGUUGAGUGGAGGAAGAAGGAGGAGCCUUCCAAGGUUGCAACGGGCGUAUAUACUGCAAGCUGGACUGCGCCUCAACAGGCUGGAGUUCACUCUAAUCAAUACUUCCAUUGGAUGGGAUCGAAGGGCGAGAUCAGAAUAAACCAAGCCAAGAGAGGAUACGAUAUUACAACCGAUGAUGGCCUCGUGUGGUGCAACCCUUUCUAUAUGAGCUAUGCUCCUGAUGAGGAAGGGAACUUCGGAGGCCAGAGGGGCUAUGGGUAUAUCAGCUUCGAAAAGUUUAUUGAUGCGGUCACUGCCCUGAACGAAGGGCGGGUGACUCUAGAUCAACUUGACCAGCGAGGAUUGCCAACGCUAAAGAACACAAUCGCAACGACGGCGAUCUUACAUGCUGGACGUAUCUCAUUAGAUGAGCAGCGUUUUGUUGAGAUCCUGAGGGAAGCGGACACAUGGACAGUAAAGUAG